AUGCGGGCCUCCAGCAGAGGCCGCACCGUGCCACCCAUCUAUCAGUGUCAGGGCAACUACCGUUCUGUGCGGUACGAUACGCAACAGAUGAAGGUUUUCCGACCAUUAUUGGUCACUGUGGUAGUUUUGGUGUGUGGUUUACAGGCGGCAGACGACAAGGAUUGGUACCAGCAUGCCACGUUCUAUCAGAUCUACCCACGCUCGUUUCAAGAUAGUAACGGCGAUGGUAUAGGAGAUCUCAAGGGCAUCACCUCGAGGAUGGCGUAUCUCGCCGGUCUGGGUAUCGAUGCGACCUGGCUCAGCCCCCCGUUCGUGUCACCGUUGGCCGAUUUUGGGUACGAUGUGGCCGAUUUCUACAACAUCCAGCCCGAGUACGGUACGAAGGCGGAUAUGGAGGAGUUGAUCGCCGAGGCGCACCGUCACGGUAUCAAGCUGAUGUUGGACUUUAUACCGAAUCACAGCAGCGAUGAGCACGAUUGGUUCGUACAGUCGGCCACCGGGAAUGCCAAGUACCGUGACUACUACAUCUGGCGCCCGGGAAAGGUGAACGGUGUGACGGGGGCGCUAGAACCUCCGAACAACUGGAUAUCGGUGUUUGGUGGACCGGCCUGGACGUACGAUGCGCGUCGCGGUGAGUUCUACCUGCAUCAGUUCACGAAGAAGCAGGCCGAUCUUAACUACCGCAAUCCGGCCGUGGUGCAGGAGAUGACGGACAUGCUGACGUUCUGGUUGGAGAAGGGUGUCGACGGGUUCCGGCUCGAUGCAAUCAAUCAUAUGUUUGAGGAUCCCCAGCUAAGGGAUGAGCCGCCCGGUUGGGGAGCUUCCGGGACGUACGACGAGCUGGAUCAUAUCUACACGAAAGAUAACCCAGACACGUACGGUGUCGUUUACAGCUGGCGGGAGCUGUGUGAAGACUACGGGCGAAGGUUCGAUAAAACGAUCAUUAUUAUGACCGAGGCGUACGCUUCAAUCGAGAACACGAUGUUGUACUACGAAGAUGCGACCGGUACGCGGCAGGGUGCACAUAUGCCCUUCAACUUCCAGCUGAUCUACGACUUCCGAAACGAUCAGAACGCGAUCGGAUUGAAACAGUCGAUCGACUUCUGGAUCAACCAUAUGCCGGCCCGUCAUACACCGAGCUGGGUGGCGGGAUCGCACGAUCACUCUCGAGUGGCUACACGAGUUGGAUUGGUGCAUGUUGAUCAGGUGCUAACGCUACUGCACACGCUACCGGGCACAAGCAUCACGUACUACGGCGAAGAGAUCGGUAUGUUUGAUUUUAAGGAAGCUGAAACGUACGAUAAUCGCGACCCAAAUCGUACACCGAUGCAGUGGGACAAUACGAUAUCGGCUGGGUUCAGCACGAACCGUACCACCUGGUUACGACUCCAUCCCGACUAUCCGACGCGCAACGUCAUGAUGCAGGAGGCAGCGGAGAAGAGUACGCUGAAACAUUUCCGCACGCUUACGGCACUCAGGCGCCAUCCUUCGCUCGUGCACGGUGAGUUUGUGCAUCGCACGGUUGGGGCGGAUGUGUACGCAUUUAGCCGAGAGCUUCACGGGGAGGAUACACUACUCACCGUGCUCAACAUGGCCGCCAGUAACCGUACGGUCGAUUUGGGAGACUUUGUGAACCUGCCUCACCGGAUGAAGGUGGAAAUAGCACAGCCGGACUCGAACUACAAAGCAGGGGAUGAAAUUGAUAUUCACCAAGUGACCCUGCUGAAGCACGAUUCUGUCGUACUGAGAGCGGUUGUUUCGGGAGCAGCUGGUAUUAAGCUAUCGCUGAUUGUUAUGCUGUUGGCAGCUGUUAAACACUUGUUUUAG